AUGGAAAGUUGCUUGCGACAAGUCGAACAAGACAUUGCCGAUGUUCAGCUUCAUCUAAUGACGAUUGAGAGAAGCUCGAAUCCAAAUGAGACGCGACGAUUGAUUGAGGAUGUCGACAAGUUGAUCAUAAAAAUGGACUUUGACGUGUGCCGCCUCGAUUCGCUUCUUGCCCGCCAGCCGCCAUCAUCGAGGCAAACGAUUUUUGUGAAAGCCGACCAGGCGAAAAGCGACAUCGGCCUAUUGAAGUACACGCUGAGCACAAUUCGUCAUCGAUUCGAGGCUCAAUGUCGUGCGCAGAAGGAGCGCGACGAGCUUCUGACGCGACGAUUCGCGGCGAAUCGCGAGACGCGCGUCGACAUGACGUUGGACAACGAGCUCGACGUGAACGAGCGACUCAAAAUUGGGGGAAAAAGUAUUGAUGAGAUGCUCGUCCAGGGUGCGAAUAUAUUGGAGAGCCUCCGACUACAGAAGCACGACAUUUUGGGAAUUCGUCAUCGAUUUGGCGUGAUGGCGAAAACGCUCGGAUUGUCGUCGACAACGAUUCAAUUCAUCGAGAAACGCGUGCGCGAUGACUGGAAACUGUUCGUUUUUGGUUGCGGUGCAUAAAUGAGCGAGGAGAAGGCCGAAACGAUACGCGAGAUUAAAGUCGCCACUGCCGAGCCGGAGACGUCGGCGAAUAUGAGACUAUUCGUGUGCAAUUUGCCGUUCAGCUAUCGUGAUGGUGAACUCCAAGCGUUGUUCGUCAAAUACGAGGCGGUAUCGGCGGCGAUCAGCUACAAUGAUCGCGGCUCGCGCGGUUUCGGCUUCGUUCAAUUCGCGACAAUCGAGAUGGCUGAAAAAGCGAGAAAAGAAGUGAACGGAACGGUUUUGCAGGGGCGGCGAAUUGAAGUUCGAUGGGCAACCAAUAAGAAUCAUUCGGCGUCGGAGAGUCGAGCUCCCACAUCGCAGAUUCCGAAGGCUGACGGAUUCGCGAUGAACUCGAUUCUACUUCACAAUGGGAUCAUUGGUCCGAAUUUGCCGACGUUCGCCGCUCAGCCGACAUUCGACAAUUUGUCGGCGAUUUCGACGCAACAAUUGGCCCAAAUGCAAAAUAUUAGCACGAUGCUGAACGCGAUAAUCCACAAUCCGAUGCAGCCGAUUCAGCCGGCGACGAUAGCGACGUACUCGCUCGACGUUGAGCUCUUCAAUUGCCUUCAGCAGCAUUUUAUAAUGGCGAGCGACAUUGCCGAAUUUGAUUGGAAAAUAUUGCGUCUGCCGAAAUUUGAGACGCACAUGCGAAUGGUUGUCGAGGAAGCGAAACGAUUGAAAAUCCAGGAGACGCUAACGGGCAUUUCGCUGCAACAGCAAUUAUCGCAAUCGCAGAUGUUGGCGAGCAUUUGGCCGCAAUAUCGCGCCGCCUAUCCGUCGUAUUCGCCGUUGGGCAUUAUUCGAGCCACCGCUAAAAAAAAAGCCAAUCAUGAAUUUUGCAGACCAAUUUCCAAGCCCGCCGCGUUCCGAAUCGAAGAUGAGCGGACAAUCGGAAACGACGCGCAAGCGUGCGAAUGGUAA